AUGAUCCAAGUCCCCUGCCGAUAUUUCCUUGGAGACCUUGCCGCCAGCGACCAACGGAAAAAUCUGACUGCCAAACACGCUCUUCGCAUUUUUCAUGGCAGUGAGAAGCGUGUUGGGUUACUUGGCUACGUACCUUCAGAGAUUUUCGACAAUGUUACUGUUCCUGCCCUGGGUCGAGCUCUUCAGGUAACCCCGGGAACAGUUACCAUUCACGAUUACAAAAGCAUGCGACCCUAUCUGCUCAAACGUGAAAGGCGGUUUAUUCUUGUCGAUGCUCCUUCUAGUGUCCUUGACGGGUGUGGCUCUUUUCUGCAUCAAGGACAAGCAGGGAUGAUAAAAGGGUUAAAGAAGCCGAUGUUGUCGCUCAUGACAAUUACAUCAAUAAAUUGGUUGGCGUGGUCAAUGAUCUUCAUGUACAUCUCUGAUUGGAUGGGGAGGAAGGUGUACGGUGAGAAGCCUGGGAUUAAGGUUGACACAGUGUAUGACACAGGCUACCGGUAUAGAAAUUGUGGUCUUAUGCUAACUUGGUUGGUUAUGGGUGCUAUGUCCUUGGCUGUGGUACACAUUGCACGUGCAUUUGGUGGCGCCAAAAAUCUUUGGGGAGCUGGAAAUUUUAUCCUUGUUGGUGGCUUGGCUAUGACAGUUUAUAUCAGCAAUCUAGCUAAAGACGAGCGGCUCGAGCGCCAUCUUGACCUCCGCUUCUAA